AUGUUGGCGAGCAAGUUGGACACUACAACUCUGAGACUCUGGGAAACCGAGCAUCGGUCACGAGAUGUUCCAACGUAUAAUGCCAUGCUAAAGUUCCUGAAAAACCACUGUAUCGUUCUCCAGUCGGUUGGUGUAAAAGGCUUUCAGUCGGAUCAGAAGAAGCCAACGAAACCAGCCGGCAGCUACACUGGAAUCCAACUUCAAGCUCAAUCCGUCUGCCCAUUCUGCGGAGGAAAUCAGCAUUCACCAUUCAUGUGCGGAAAGUUCAAGACUCUAAAGGUUGAAGAAAGAAGAAAUGCAGUGAUGAUGAACCGUUUAUGCUUUAACUGCUUAGGUCGUGGUCACGUGUCUAAAUCAUGCAGUCGAAGUUCGUGUCGCGUGUGUGGUCAACGGCAUCAUUCUAUGUUACAUCUAAGCACAGCUCAAUCGUUCUCCCGUCAGUCAGUUCCACAGCCGGUCAAGCGAUUCCAACGUCCUCCUCAGAACCCACAGAUACAGACACAGAAUGCUUCAACCUCAGGAACACAGCCACUAUCACAAGAAUUCCAUCCAUCUCAGCGAUCAAAUAUUGCCAACAAUUCCAACCUCACAAGCACACAAAACACGCAACACGAAACACCACCAACAACACAACCCCAAAGUACAAGUUACAAUGCAUCUCUUUCUGACAACAUAUCAGAUCGACCAGCUCUACUUGCAACUGCAAUAGUUAUUGUUGAAGAUAGUUUCGGCAGUACUAUGCUCGCUCGAGCCUUACUGGACAGUGGUUCCCAGUCCAGUUUUAUGUCGGAGAACCUGUCGCAGAAGCUGAAGUUUAGAAGAGCCAAGGAGUCUUUCUCAGUAAGCGGCAUUGGCCAGGCUACAAGAAGGUGUAAACAAUCGGUCACUGCUCACCUUCACUCAAGAAUAUCUGAAUUCGCCAAGGAGGAGAAGUUCUACGUUCUUCCGCAAGUGACAACCGUUCUACCUAGCGCGAGAAUCAACCGUGAGAGAUUGCAGUUACCUGAAGACAUCGUGCUAGCAGAUCCAACUUUCUGUGUACCUAAUGUGGUGGACAUCAUCGUGGGCGCAGGAUUGUUUUACGAAGUAUUAUCAACCGAGAAGCUGAAACCUCAGCAGGAUGGACCUUUACUGCUAAAUACAGAGCUGGGAUGGAUUGUGUGCGGAAAAUUACCAGACGAAGCGAGUAUUGCGAGACCAAUGGUUGCCAAUUUUUGCACGGAGCAAGUGGAUCAGUUAGUCAAGCGUUUUUGGGAACUGGAAACCUGUCGAUCGAAUAGCGUUUUAUCAGUCGAGGAAUCGACAUGUGAGGCCAUAUACGACAGAACAACAAUUCGCGAUGCAACCGGUAGAUUUGUUGUAACGCUACCGAAGAAGGAGUUUCUCAUCCAACGAUUGGGAGACUCAAGGGCCACAGCACUGAAACGUUUUUUGAGCUUAGAGAAGAGACUGGAGUCAAGCCCAGAAACGAAAAGGAUGUACAUGGAAUUCAUCCAUGAGUAUCGUCGACUGGGUCACAUGGUAGAGCUGAAUUACGAGGAGGAAGGAGGACCACAAUACUACAUUCCUCACCACUGCAUCCUGAAGCCAGAUAGCACCACGACAAAACUGCGGGUCGUCUUUGAUGCGUCUUGUGCAACGACCAGCGGAGUGUCACUCAACAAUGCCCUUAUGGUUGGGCCCACAGUACAAGAUGAUCUGCUAUCCAUUGUCACACGCUUUCGAUGGAAUCAAUACGCGAUAGUGGCCGACGUCGAAAAAAUGUACCGUAUGGUACUAGUACAGCCUAGCGAUCGUAGAUUGCAGAGGAUUUUCUGGCGUGACUCCCCUACCGAUCCCAUCAGAAUCUAUGAGCUGUGUACCGUGACGUACGGCACUGCUUCAGCGCCAUAUUUGGCAACUAAGUGCUUGAGUCGCCUGGCUGAAUUAGAUGGAGAUCGUUAUCCAGCAGCUGCCAAGAUGUUAGUGAAGGAUUUUUAUGUUGAUGACAUGCUCUCUGGCGUUGAUUCAAUCGAGGAAGGCAUUACACUUUGUGCAGACGUCCAAGAACUACUCCGCGGUGGAGGGUUUACCCUGCGAAAAUGGAGCUCAAACUGUCCCGAGAUUCUCGAGCAGAUACCUCCAGAGUAUCGAGACGGAAGAACUUCUUUCGAGUUAGAUGGUUCAAGUGCAGUAAUCAAGACCUUGGGGCUUGUGUGGGAGCCUCAAUCAGAUUUUUUCAACUUCAAAGCACCUGAGUGGAAUGAGUCUGCCAUAACGAAGUGCGUCGCUGUCUCUGACCUUGCAAGAAUUUUCGAUCCAAGUGGUCUCAUUGGGCCAGUUAUUGUGGCCGGAAAAAUAUUCAUUCAGCAUCUGUGGAUGAUUAAGAUAUCAUGGUACGAAGAGCUAGCUGAAGAUCUACAGCAACAGUGGCGUGAGUAUCGAAGCAGUUUGGAAGGUCUAAAGGAGCUGCAGAUUCCUCGAUGGAUCGGAUUUCGAAAGGAACUCAAGUCGGUUGAACUGCAUGGGUUUUGCGAUGCCUCCACAAAAGCAUACGGUGCAUGUAUCUACAUACGAUGCGUAGAUUGGGAUGGAGAGAUAACAUCACGUCUGCUGAUAGCAAAAUCCAGGGUGGCGCCUUUGGAAGGUUCAACCAAGAAGAAAAGGAAGCUGCAAACCAUCCCCAGGCUUGAACUGUCAUCUGCCUUGCUGCUAGCCCACGUGUACGAAGCAGUUUCAAAAAGUAUUCCGAGUUCGUUUGAGGCCUAUUUUUGGACGGACUCUAUGAUUGUCCUGUACUGGCUAGCUUCUAUUCCAUCACGGUGGCAGAUGUUUGUAGCGAAUCGAGUGUCCGAAGUGCAGCAUUUGACGAAAAAGGACAGUGGAGCCACGUCCCUGGCAUAG